UCUGUGUGUACUCCCUUCUCUGUUUCUCUUUCUUUUUUUCUCAAACUGUAACGCUACACAACCAUGUCUUCAUUCCGAUCUCAUCACUGCAACAACAACAACUUGCACUAAUAAUUUAUCUUCGCCCCUAAAUCAUCUCAGUGGGUUCAUUUCAGCUCUCUCUCUCUCUCUGUUCAUUGGGUUCAUCCAAAACAGUCACUAUGCAACGAAAUGCUUCAUAAACCGCAUCAUCACAAGCUCUCGAAUCCAAGUGGGUAUCGUAACAAAAAAAAGACAUGGUCUUUGGCGAAGUCUCAAGUGCUGUCAAAAACAACCUGCGAAUCUCCUCGUCCCUUCAGGAUCUCUCCUCGUACCGCCACCUCGAUCUCGAAGAUGGCGGCGACACCGGUGGGUCCCACUUGAAGAAACCCCAUCAUCAUCUUCUCCGCAGGGAAAGCCUCGGGUCAAGUUUCUCCAAGGCAAAACCGGUUCAAGGUGGAAGCCCGGUUCGCAAGAACCUGAAAUGGGUCAGACCGAUCGCACUGGUUCUGUGUCUUGCAUUGUUCAUUUUUCUUAUUUACACGUUUAUUUAUUCUCAUUGGAAUCGAGGGUCAGCGAAGUAUUAUGUUGUGCUUGAUUGUGGUAGUACCGGGACUCGUGUUUAUGUCUAUAAGGCUGAAAUUGAACACAAGGAUGAUACUACUCUUCCAAUAGUUAUCAAAUCAAUGAGGGAUGGUUUGAAUAAGAAGCGUGGUUCUCAAACCGGGCGUGCUUAUGAUAGAAUGGAAACUGAACCGGGUCUUGAUAAGUUGGUUCACAAUGUUUCAGGUUUGAAGGCUGCACUGAAACCACUUGUUAAAUGGGCACAGAAGCAGAUACCUCAAGAUUCUCAUAAGGGUACUUCAGUUUUCCUUUAUGCUACUGCUGGUGUUAGGAGGCUUCCCAUUGCUGACUCUAAAUGGUUGUUGGAUAAUGCUUUGAAUGUACUUAAGGGUUCUCCUUUUGUGUGUAGAAAGGAUUGGGUUAAGGUUAUUAGUGGAACAGAAGAAGCUUACUUUGGAUGGAUUGCACUUAAUUAUCAUAGUGGUAUCUUGGGUGUUAAACCGAGGAAAGCAACUUAUGGUGCACUUGACUUGGGUGGUUCGUCGUUACAAGUUACAUUUGAGGGUGAUCAACAGUUGAAUAGUGAGACUAGCUUGUAUGUUAGGAUUGGAUCAGUGAAUCAUCAUCUCACUGCGUAUUCUCUAGCUGGCUAUGGUCUCAAUGAGGCUUUUGACAAAUCCGUGGCGCGUCUUUUUAAGGAGAAGUUUGGGUCCACUAAUGUGGAUCUAGUUGGUGGAAAUGUUGAACUUAAACAUCCUUGCUUACAAUCUGGGUAUAAGAAUCAAUAUACCUGCUCUCAUUGUUCUUCCAGUAACCAAGAAAGUGAAAGUCCUAGAAUUGAUGGGAAUGUGUUGGGUAAAAAAGGAAAAUCAAGAAUUCCGGUAUUGCUUAUUGGUGCUCCGAAUUGGCAACAAUGCAGUGCACUUGCGAAAGUUGCUGUGAAUUUGUCUGAAUGGUCUGAUCUCAGUCCGGGACUUGAUUGUGAAGUGCAUCCUUGUGCUUUGCUUGAUAAUCUUCCUCGACCGUUAGGCCACUUUUAUGUGAUUUCUGGAUUUUUUGUAGUGUAUCGGUUUUUUAACUUAACUUCUGAAGCCACACUUGAUGAUGUGUUGGAAAAGGGUAGGGAUUUCUGUGAAAAAAAAUGGGAAGUUGCUAAAAUAAGUGUUGCUCCUCAGCCCUUUAUUGAGCAAUACUGCUUUAGGGCACCUUAUAUUACGUCACUGCUGAGAGAAGGUUUGCACAUUACUGAUGGCCAGAUAACUGUUGGCUCUGGAAGUAUCACUUGGACACUUGGGGUAGCCUUGUUGGAAGCUGGGAAGGCAUAUUCAGCUAGAUUUGGGCUCCCUGAUUUUGACUUGCUUCAGAUGAAGAUAAAUCCUCUUAUUCUUAUUCCCAUUUUGAUACUUUCUGUCAUUCUUCUAUUCUGUGCUUUAUCAUGUGUUGUCAAUUGGAUGCCGAGAUUUUUCCGGAGGCAAUAUCUUCCCCUUUUCAGGCAUAAUAAUGUGUCCGGUGCAUCUGUUCUUAAUAUCCCAUCGCCUUUCCGGUUCCAGCGAUGGAGUCCAAUCAUUUCUGGAGAUGCAAGAAUAAAAACGCCACUCAGCCCUACAAUUACAGGUUCACAAGAUAGACCAUUUAGCCUGGGGUAUGGUCUUGGUGAUGACAGUGGCAGCAUCCAGCUGAUGGAAUCUUCCUUUUACCCAUCAGCUAGUGGUGUCUCGCAUAGUUAUUCCUCAAGCAAUUUAGGGCAGAUGCAGUUUGAUGGCAGUAACAUAGGGACCUUCUGGUCGCCCCACAGAAGUCAGAUGCGUCUGCAGAGUAGGAGAUCACAAUCUCGAGAAGACCUGAGUUCCUCAGUGGCUGAGGCACACCUGGUGUAGGUUUAGUGCAUCAUCUUCUGAAAACUUCGCAUUCAAGUUUUUGUCAUGGAGAUGACCGUGGGGGCUAAACAAGAGCUGGCGAGAUCUUUUAAUUCCAAAUUAAUUUGCUUCUUCUGGAUCUCAUUUCUAAACACAAGAAGCCAAGCACAAAGAAGCACUCUUGUUCUGUCAUUUACCACUCUCCUUUAGUGGCUACUGAUGUCUCCAUGUUCUGCCUCUACUGUACAGUUUUGGGGUGACCAUAAGCCUUCAGAUGUUAUAUAAUGAAGCAUCAAAGUAUCCCAAGCUGAUAUCAAUUAAUUUGUCACUGUUUUUAUACCAAUUUUUGGACUAAUAAACCGCCAUUAUUAUAGAGAAUCUCCCCUUGUUUUCUUUGCUGACAUGAUGGCUGAGAAAAACACUUGGAAAAGAUAAACCACUUGGAGAAGUUGUAACAUAGUACAAUGCUCACAUCUUAUACGUCAAUUAAGUUAUUAAAUUUAGUUUGCAACUUGCAAGCAACUGCUUUUUAAAGA